AAUAAAUAAUAAAAUAUUAGGCCCCCAAAACGAGUUGGCCUAAUUGCCGUUGAGGAAAGUAGACGAUCUGUCCUCGUCGCCAAACAAACAAACACGCCCGUAAAAAAAAGAAAGCAAUUCCAAUUCCAAUUCCAAAUCUCUCUGAACGAGGAAGUUUCAGAUUGUUUGAAGAACGAUGGAAGUGCCGAGCUCAUGGGACGCCCUUCGAAAACAGGCUCGGAAACUUGAAGCUCAAUUGGAUGAGCAGAUGAACUCAUACCGCAGAGUGGUUUCUACAAAGGUCACUACGAAAAAUGAUACUUCAGAGAAUGAUCUUGAAUCGGGGAUAGACCGCCUGUUAAAACAGCUCCAGCAAGUAAAUUUGCAGAUGCAAGCUUGGGUGUCAUCAGGGGGAUCAGAAAUGGUUUCUCAUACCUUGACUAGGCAUCAAGAGAUUCUUCAAGAUCUCACUCAGGAGUUUUAUCGUCUCCGCUCCAGCCUCAGAGCUAAGCAAGAGCAUGCUUCACUCCUUGAGGAUUUUAGAGAAUUUGAUCGGACAAGAUUAGACUUAGAAGAGGGUGUUGGUUCUUCAGAGCAAGCCCUCCUAAAAGAGAAUGCAUCUAUUAGUCGAAGUACAGGACAGAUGGAUUCUGUGAUUUCACAUGCUCAAGCAACACUUGGUGCACUUGUCCUCCAACGCUCAACUUUUGGUGGCAUCAAUUUAAAGCUCAGUAACGUUAGCAGCCGCCUCCCAACGGUUAAUACCAUUCUCUCAGCAAUAAAGAGGAAAAAGUCUAUGGAUACAAUUAUACUUUCACUCGUUGCAUCUGUGUGCACGUUUGUCAUUUUUAUCUACUGGUUGACCAAGUGAGGAUGUAUAUUUGAUUUUCAGGCCGACGUUUGUGAAAAUGUUGUAUACUUAUUUUGACGCUUUUUAUCAGGGUAAAGAGGCCGUAUUAUGUUUUUGACGGUGACAUUCUUUUUGUGGAUAGUGCAUUAUAUUCUCUCAGUAACAGAAUGCAAUGAAUAGUAAAGUUCAAACUUUGCAGCUUAGACAGGCUACAAUCCCGUGCAUUACGAGUUUGAAGCUAAAAUAAAAUUAAUGUUGCUGGUACUA